AUGGCGCCAGACACGAAGAAGACCCCCGCGCCGUCUGCUCAUGCGCAUUACACAUCUUCACCAAGCUCAGCCAAAGGGACGAGGUCGUCUACUCGGCUGCAGGCUGCGCCAGGGAAAGAUGAUUCCAGAGUAUUCCGAGGCCUCCAGUCGUCGAACUCUGUCGGCUGGAAGGGCUUCGCCAAGUCGAGUGAAGAGGCCGAAGCUCUUCUCGAGCAGAGGCGCAAGUCAAACCUCUUCAGCCUCGCUGAUCCGGAGAAGAUUGGGUCUACCGGAGCGAUCGCACAGCAUGCCAGCAGCGACAGCCAAAGCGCUGGUACCACGACAACCCCUGCGCAGGAGAGUGGCGCAUCCCGAGAUCUUGACACCAACAUGACCGGCACACAGGAGCCUGGAGAACCUGAACGCAACGAGGACGAAGACGUCAGCGACGGAGAGGACAGUGACGGCAAUAGUCGGCGCCCCAAACGGUCAAGGUCGUCGGUAUGGCCAACACCUCAGCAGUGGGCCAACUGCUUCAAGAUCCGCAUGAUCCACUACUCUUACGUCAACUGGCCUGAGUAUGGCAGUACCGACCUUCCCACCUCCUGGCUCGGCGGCAUCGUCAACCCGGACUCUCCUCUCAACAAGGAAGUCUACGAUCACGGCGGCCAAGUCCAUCGUGUCGCCUUCACCACCACCGAGCAGAACGUCAUGCGUGAGGAAGACGUGAUGGUCUGCGACGAAAACGCCGAAGACAUUCACGAGGAGCCAAGUCUGACGCGCGGUAUGCCGUGGGUGCACUCGACGGACACGACCAGGACUGCAGCGGGGAUCACGUUCUUCACACCGAAGCCUCGCGAGUACGACGAUGAGAUCACGGAAGGGUAUCUCAGGCCCAUGCGCAUGAAGACGGUGGAUGGUGAGAGGAGUGUGCUUGCUCGUGUCUGUGGAGCUGAGGGUUGCGAUGUCUGCGAGAAGCGGUCGUUGGGUGCGAUGAGGAGGUUAAUGGAGGCUUUGGACAUUGAUAUGGGUGAGGACAAGGACCUCGGGGCUGAUGUCGGUGGCAAGAGGCAGAAGAAGGGUGGAAGGAGGGUGACUUUCGCGCUUCCGGAUGCCUCUGCGAGCGAAGAGCCUGAGGUUGGAACGGACGCCCAGGACGAUGUCGAUGAGGGUGAUGAGGGUGAUGAGGGCGAUGAGGGCGAUGAGGGCGACGAGGGCGACGAGGACGGACAGGAUCCGGCUACGCCUGCUCCGGCCACCAAGAAGCCCAAGAAGACAGGGAAGGUCGCCGGAUCUCGCCACUCGAAGAAAAGCCCCAAGAAGAAGUGGUGA